AUCUGCACUCUGCAGCAAGGAACUGUCAUCGAUUAAAUGGACGGGAAAAUGAGUUCUAACAAUUCUUCUACUUAUCGCCGCGCCAACUUAAAAAUUGCACCUGGUGCAGUAGUGUGCGAAGAGAGUAUUCUAAAAGGAGACAUUUCUAUUGGUGCAAAAACUAUAAUUCAUCCUAGAGCAUGUAUUCUAGCAGAAGCUGGUCCAAUCAUUAUAGGAGAAGGCAAUAUAAUUGAAGAGAUGGCAACUAUAACCAACAGACUGCCAUCUGAUGCUCCAGAACCUGUAACUGUACCAGUGCAAAUAAUAGGAAACUAUAAUGUAUUUGAGACUGAUUGUGUUUGUGAAUCAUAUAAAGUUGGCGAUAACAACAUCUUAGAAGCAAAAGCUCAAGUUAGUCGAGAAAUUGAAUUAACUAACGGAUGUGUUAUUGGAGCUGCAUGUUCUUUGACAGAACAAGAAACAAUACCAGAAAAUACAAUAGUAUAUGGAAGCCAAUGUCAACGUAGAGAAAUGAAUGACAAGCCAUAUCCUCAAAUUGGACAGUUGGAUUUUCUAUUAAAAGUACUCCCGAACUAUCACCACUUUCGCAAAUCGAAUGUAAAAUCGAAACCUGGAGGACCUUUGUGAAUGAUAUAUACUGACAUUGUUCUUGUAGUAAUAAUA